GUCCUCUGCCUGGAGGAAGGAGCAGACCCGAGAGGCAGCAGGUCGGGAGAGAACCUCGUUGCCUCAGCCUCAUGCUCCGUCUCGGGGACUUCUGCUGCUCCGGUCGGCUGACGAAGUUAUUAUAACAAUAUUUAUUUAUUAUUAUUUUUUAUUUCUAUCACUUUAAUCACUCAAAAGCAGGAGAAAAGCGGCGGAAGAGCAGAAAGGGGGCCUUAGUCAUGGAGCUGUAUUGCCUGGAGUCGGACACAGCCGUGAAAGCCCAGCCUGACCCAAACAUCCUCUAUGAUGAUAGAGUGCUGCAGAGUUUAUUAACUAUUGAGGACAGUUUUUUACCUCAGUGUUCGUAUUUCCAGCGGGUCCAGAAGGACAUUCAGCCUUAUAUGAGGAGAAUGGUUGCAGGCUGGAUGCACGAGGUUUGUGAAGAGGAAAACACCAACCAAGACGUCUUUCCUUUAGCCAUUAAUUAUUUGGACAGAUUCUUAGCAGUGAUGCCUACAAGAAAAAACUAUUUGCAGCUCUUGGGAGCUGUGUGCAUCUUCCUGGCCGCCAAGCUGAAGGACUGCAGGCCGCCAUCAGCGGAAAAGCUCUGCGUGUACACAGACAACUCCAUUACACCCCGAGAGCUGCUGGAGUGGGAACUGGUCGUCCUGGGGAAGUUGAAGUGGAACAUGGCCUCGGUCAUCCCCAAUGAUUUCAUAGAGCACAUCAUGCGCCGGCUGCCCCUUCCCAAAGACAAGCAGGCGAUGGUCUGCAAACACACGCUGACAUUCAUCGCCCUUUGUGCCACAGACGACCGUCUCGCCAUGAACCCUCCUUCCAUGAUCGCCACCGGCAGCAUGGCGGCUGCGAUCUGCGGCCUCCAGCUGGACCACAGCGACCAGAGGCUGAGUCGGGACAACCUGACUGACCUGCUGGCCAAGAUCACCAACACUGAAGUGGACUGUUUGAGGGCGUGCCAGGAGCAAAUCGAGCGUGUGCUGGCCUCCAGCCUGCAGCAGGGCCAGCAGUAUGGACCCGACAGCGCCGUCAGAGGUGGCAGCAAGUCCCGGGAGCAGCAGGAUCAGUCGAGCACCCCCACGGAUGUGCGCGACGUCAACUUAUGAGCUGCCAUCGCCGCCUGACUCGGCCGCCGCGUGCCUGCUUACCAAUGAACUGACAGGAGCGAGACGCUGGAGGGAGAGAGGGGGCAUUAACUGCCAGUAUCUAUUUUAAGUUGCCCCCUUCAGUGAUGGUGCGACAAUCUAUGAACUUUUAGAAACUAAGAAAUUUGUAGUUUUUCUCCUUUUUUUUUUUUUUCCCCCAUUCACACCUGGUUUGGGUCUUUUUUCACCUUUUUUGUACAUGUCUCUAGCUAUUUAAGAAAAGAAACAGACGAAUAAUUGUUGAAGACUUGAUAGUGCCUUAGGUUCCAAAAACCUGAAAAUAUUUUUUCAUACUUGAAAAUUGCAUAAAUGUAUGAGAUAUACCGAAUGAUGUAUAUUUAGCCAGCAUUUAUCACUCUUUAACCAGCUUUAGUGAGUAGUAGUUAUCGAUUUACAAGAGUUUUCCUUUAUUUGGAAUUCCAUAUAGCAGUAAUUAAAGCAGAGGAGCGCUACCAUAGCUAGCGGCUCCGUCUAUCAUACUGUGCACCUAUAGCACUGCUUAUUAUUUAUGCAGAGAGGUGCUGGCUCAGAGUGGGCUGGGCCUGCUCACGGAGGAGAAAUGAAACAGGUUUGUGGUCCGGAGCAGUCGCUGCUGUUGACUCCAUGGAGUGGCGUUUGAAUUCACCAAAGCCACGUUGUUGUUGAUGUUGUGUUCAAGCACAUUUAGGAGUGUUUUAAAUGUGUUUAAAUAGCUCAGAAGGGGUUAGCAUUGAUGAAAGAGUUUUUAAAAAAAAUAAGUUUUAGCAAGUUCUUCAAGGUUUUAGAGGCUGAGCAGUUUGUGGGAAAGGAGAGUCGAAAGCAAGUGGAAAGUGGUUGAAAGGUGAGCAGGAUGUGGGGUGAAAGAGAAAGCAAGGAGGAUUUUGUUUAAGCUUUAUGAUGUUUCUGCAGGAUUUUUUUGCAGAAAAUCGGCGAAAUGUCGUUUUUGGGGUUUUUCUCCUGUUAUCAAUUACACCAUUGGGCCUUUUGUAGAGAGGGCGACGUGGAACGAUAUCAAUGCACUUUUAAAACACACUCCUUAAGUUUCGGUAAGGGGAUGGUUUGUGAGGACAAGUUCGGAGGGGUCAUUUGUUUUUAUUCUAUCUUUUUCUUUUAAAUUAUUUGGGUUUUUUCUGGGCUGGAUUCCCAUGGGGUGAAGCAUGUUGUCUUGAUUGCUUUGCCUCAAUUGGUGAGUAGACUAAUAAAAAUCACCCUCCUAGUGUAAAAGUUUAUAAAUCAAGGCAAGCCACAGGUAGACAUCAGUGCGCUUGUGUCAUCCUAAACUUGAAUUUAUUCCAUUUCCAGAUUUAGACCCAUUCCAUUAGAUCUAAUAGUUACAUCCUUCUGUUUUGUGUUUAUUUCUUAUUUCUGAUCUGCAGUUUCUUUCAAAGGUGCCCCUUUGACACGUGUAAAUAACCAACAAAAAUGCUUGAAAUCCAUGUGACAUUUUAAACCCGAAACUGUUUCUCGUUUGUUCUGAUGCCUUUUUCGAUGUGCAAAAAAAAAAAAAAGCCAAAUUGUUUUUAAAAAAAUGCUUUAAGGUUGAGCAUGUUUAAUGCUUUUAUAUGUUUUUUUCAAAGUAAAAAAAGAAAUAAUCUACAACAUUCUUUGCUGCUAUUAAGCUUUUUCUUUUCUAGUCUUACACAAAAAUGCCUUAUUGUCAUUCACUUGUGUGCUGCUAUAUUUUAAUAUGUUGUGUAUGUAAAAAGUCUGCUUUUCUCUGUCAAUGUACCAGAGGGAAAAGGAGCAGUUUGGUGCGGGACUGGAAAUCUGUUUUGAUCAGCAUGUUUUAUUCAUUUAUUGUUUUAAUCGUUGUAAUCUUUGUUCUAUCUUCAUUCUGUCAAUAUUCUUGCUGCUUCUUAUGUACCUCAGGAUAAUUAAUUGGAUAGACACAGCGAGAGGCCAUCUCACAUUACCUCAUCACAUGUCGCAUCACACAGUAUGACUUCACUCCUAAAUCGUCGGACGGGUUUCACUUUUUUCUUUUCCUGUAUGUUAAUAAAUCCACCUACCAGAUUCCACUGAUUUUUAAAGUGCCUCCAGCCUACUUUAAAAUGGCUAACUUUCAUAUCUGGUGCUAGUAAAAAAUUAAAAACCUUUACUGUGUUUUAUAUUUGUCCGAAAAAAUCCAUUCGGGGAUCAGUUCAAUGAAAUGCAUUGUCAUUUAUUUUUAUCGAGGUACCCAUUUACUCGAUUCUACAAUUGUUUGCUGUGGUUGUUCAUACAAAUCCUUUUCCCAUUUAUCCCCAUGUGCAACCACCUGUGUACCUCAAUAAUUUGUUCUAAAUAAAUUGGCUAAAAUCA